ACUUUCUAAAUAGUCGAAUGAUGCAAGUUUACUCGGGUUUCGUGGAGAUGGUAUUAAGUUGAGAAAUUCCAAGCGAAGUAGUCAAUCUGCAUUGAUCUUCAGUGAAGUUGCCUCCCCUAAAAACAGUCGUAUUUACAUACUCAUUAUUCAAAAGAAAAGUUGAUGCUCUUCUGGAAAUAACGUUUAUCUAAUUGACAACAUAUUAUUUAAUUUGAUAUCGUUUUAUAAUUAUGCCACAGGGAAGAAAGAAAGUUCCAUUUAGUGGGAAAGCAAAAAAACAACAAAUGAAACUUAAAAAAAAAAGUCGUAAUGAAGUAUCUGAUGACAGUGAUCCAGAACAUUCGACAGUAUUAAAGAUUAAUAAGCAGCCUACAAAUAGCAAUGAUAGAAAUAGAUUUAAUCUCCAAUUUUUUAAAGAAUCCACGGAAGAAUUAAAACAGCGCAAAAUUAAGGCUUGUAAGACUAUUGAAUUUUUACCAUUAAGCGACCAAGAAAUCUCAGAUGAUUAUUUUCCACCUCAUUUGGAUAUGCCUAAACGGCCAGAAUGGGAUUACAAUAUGAGUAAAGAACAAUUAGAUAUGAGAGAGCAUGAAUAUUUUAUGCAAUAUAUAGAGCAGAUAAAAACAUUGGGUAAAAUUAGUUAUUUUGAGCUUAACUUAGAAACGUGGCGGCAAUUAUGGAGGGUUUUAGAAAUGUCUGAUAUAUUAUUAAUACUUGUUGAUGUUCGCUAUUCUGUGUUAAUGUUUCCACCAUAUCUUUAUAAUUACAUAACAAAUGAUUUAAAAAAAGAAGUAAUUUUAGUAAUUAACAAAGUAGACUUAGCCCCGCCUGCGUUGGUCUUAGCUUGGCGUGAAUAUUUCUCUGAACAUUAUCCCCAACUACGAAUAGUUCAUUUUACAUCUUAUCCAGUUGAAAAUUUACAAGAAACUCUUAAUAGACAAACUACUUUGAAUCAACACAAACGUAAAGGAAAAUUUAGAAUGGUUUCAGCAGGAGCUCAAGCAUUAUUAAAAGAGUGCCAAGAAAUAGUACUUGAUAAUGUUGAUUUGAGUUCUUGGCAAGAAAAAAUAAACAAAGAAAUUAAUUUAGAUGAUGAUUGUGAUACUAAUCGAAAAGAUAAUAUAAUAAUAGAAAAAAAUGAUACGAGUUUUGUCAAACAUGAUAAAUAUGCCAAUCGGACACUGACAAUUGGAUGUAUUGGUCACCCUAACGUUGGAAAAUCCGCAUUUAUGAAUGCUGUUAUCGGUAAUAAAGUUGUAAGUAUAUCACGGACCCCGGGUCAUACCAAACACUUUCAAACUAUAUUUCUCACUGAGAAUGUGCGAUUUUGUGAUUGUCCGGGACUUGUAUUCCCAUCAACUGUGCCUAAACAACUUCAAAUUUUGAUGGGUUCUUUUCCCAUUUCUCAAGUUCGAGAACCUUACACUGUCGUCAAGUAUCUUGCUCAGCGAAUAGAUCUUCCUAAAAUCCUUAAAAUUCAACAUCAACAAAAUGAUGAUACUUGGUCAGCUAUGGAUAUAUGUGAUAGUUGGGCAGCUAAACGACAUUUUAUGACUGCUAGAACUGGAAAAUUUGAUACAUAUCGAGCAGCUAAUUCUCUUCUGCGAAUGGCUUUGGAAGGAAAAAUUUGUAUUUUUGUGUAUCCUCCGGGAUGGACACUUGAUAGAGGUAGAGCCGUUAACUGUUUACGUAAUUUUCGGACAGACUUCUUAGAAGAAUGGCCAACGCCUGGAACAGGGCCACACUUUGAUACUUCUAUGCCUUCCAAUUUUACCGGCCUUGUUGGUAAUUCUGUCGAUCUCAUUUGUAAAGUUAAAAAUCUUGGAAAUCGAACGGUAUCCUGGGUGAGACAUCGGGAUAUUCACUUAUUAACCGUGGGACGAUAUACCUAUACGAGUGACCAACGAUUUGAAGCCCAGCAUUAUCCACAUACUGAGGAGUGGACCCUUAAAAUCCGUUAUCCUCAAAGAAAAGAUUCCGGUUUCUACGAAUGCCAAAUAUCAACUACUCCACCAAUUGGGCAUCCUGUGUAUUUAACCAUAGUUGAACCGGUCACUAUAAUAGUUGGUCAACCCGAUCUUUAUGUGAAUAAAGGCAGCACUAUUAACUUAACGUGUCUGGUCAAAUAUGCUCCAGAUCCACCCCCGACGAUGAUCUGGCGUCAUGAUAGUGAGGAUAUCAAUUUUGAUUCACCUCGGGGUGGUAUCAGUCUUGUAACCGAAAAAGGUCGAGAGACGUCGAGUCGUUUGAUGAUACAAAAUGCGGUGCCAGCAGAUUCAGGUUCAUAUACAUGCAAACCAAGCAAUGCAAAUCCUGGUAGCAUACGAGUGCAUGUGGUAAAAGCAAUUCGCCGGCACCCAGACUCUGUUGAAGACAUGAAAAAUGCAGUUUGGGCUACUUAUUACCACAAUAGUUCCACAGACCAAGAUCCACAGUAUAUGUAUUGCCCACCUGGUGCGGAGAGUUGGUGUGCGUGGCAAAAAGCUGCAUCUGAGGAUACCUUAGAGGAGUUUCAGCAUGAUAAUGUUCCUCUGUGUGAUAAAGUUUUAGAAAUUAUAAAACCAAUUUAUGACAGUUUAUCAUCAGAGGAAUUAUUAACUCGAUGUUUAGGUUCUGAAACUCAAAACAAUAAUGAGUCUCUAAACUCGUUGAUUUGGACUUUCGCGCCGAAACAUAUGGGUCAUUCCACCAAAUAAGAACAUUUUUACGGG